ACUUCAAAGCGAACCUUUCGCGUUGCCCCUCGUCUCUUCAUUCAUUUAUUCGAAAAGUAUUGGGCCGACGCAAUUUCGCGAAGUCCCUGUUCCCGUUUAAAAUGCAGCGACCCGUUUAAUUAAGACCGAUCGGUCGGCAUCGAGGAAAACCAGCCCUCGUCUUGGACAUCGAAUAAAUCACUCGUUGCUUCCUCAACCGACUCUCCAACCGUGUUCCACGCUGUAAAGGGAAUGAAAAAGUAGCAACAUCAUCGUAGAUGGAAUAGGGGUAGCAAGUAAAAUUACCCCGUAGAUGAGAGCCACGAAAAUGGUCAGGAUUCCUUGAGAUUGGAUAACGCAGGGACGUCGUCGUUGAAUAUAUUCCCGGAGAUUUGCGAAAUUUAAGAACACCCUGAUCCUACAUAGCGAGCACGGCUUCAGGAUCGAGACGGGUUCUUCUUCUUCGUUCCAGAAUUCUUCAGAACCAGCAGCUACGCGAAUUUGAAAUUCCGUCACGAGAACCGGCUGAGGAAAGACACAGGGGUCGUUUACAAUAUACAGGCCGUUUAACAGCAUACGUUCAGGAAUGAAUAAAAAGUUUCUGGAGAGAUUCGAAAGGAGAAUUUUAUUCUUCAGGGUUCGAGUAACUUGGGAUAAAAAUUAAGCAGACGAAAUAAUCAUCUCCAAAGUGAAACAACGCUGUCCAUCUCCGAUUUAGAAGCAGAACCUGGACAAAUACAAUCGAGCGACUCGUGCGAUGAUGAAAAACAGUACGCCAGGUUCGAUAACUGGAAGGUCAAACACGCGUGGUCGUUCGAGGCGGGUUCGAAGCGGAACGAUGCCAGUCCGCGAGGAACGCGUAAACAGAUAGACCGCCGCUUCGGUCAGCUUAGUAACCGCGAAAGAUGUUCAUCGCUACGUCGUGGAGGAAGUUUUCAAGCCAGCUGAUUCUCCCAGGAGACGUCUGAGCUCUUCGAGAAACCGCGAAACGGCUGAUUUCAGCCGGUAAUUCCACGAGAUGAGAGCCCCGUGGCUCGUCCUGAUUCUCGCCGAGAUCCUGGACUCGAUGCCGGCCCUCGGGGACACCGUGUGUCACCGUAAUCACACCGACUUCAUCGUUCCCAGUCAAAGGUCCAUGGUGACUCUAUCCAGACGUAGGCGUCUCGCUUUUCCAAAGGGCAGCGCGUUCGUGAUGACAAUAUCCAUUUUGCAACCGAUUCCGGUGAAGUUGCCCGCAGUUUGGAAUCUGGAUUUUGAGUUCGAUAUGAUCUGGCCAAUACCGUCUACCACGGAGAAAGUACCAAUCAAGAGAAAGUAUUUCGUAAAAAGACCAUGGAUACUGAAACGACGUCAUCGUCGUGAGCUGUACGCUAAUUUUGAGACUGCUUUGGAUAGCCAGAAUUUACCAGGACGACAAUGUAUUCUGAGGACAAUUUGUGAAGCAAAGGUAUUAUUGAGCCCUCCAGGUGAAUCCUUCAUCGAAGACGCAAUUCGACUGAUUUUAAGUAACAUUGAAGACGUUGGAGAUAUAGACUCGUACGACAUCGCAUAUAGGACUAAGGUACCAUGCGACAUGGCCUAUACUUGUCCAUUUUCUCUUCUAAAAUUAUUGUUAUUUCACUUGUACUCGGAUAGUUUAAGCUGACAAUAAACGUUCCUGUUCGCGGAGAUUUAUUUUUCACUUUCAGGCCCUGAUGUUUAUUUCUCUACAGAGGAACUUUUGGUUAACUUGGCUAACUACAGACUUUUAGAAUAAUAGAGAAGUUUGAACAUUUUCACAGUAAUUGUA